AAAAAGAAAAAGAAAGAAAAAGAAAAAGAAAAAGAGAUGGCAGCAGAGACAGAGAUGAGCGUGGACUCCCUGGACACGAGUCUCGUUGACCUGACCAUCGGCGAGGCGACCAUGGAGAGGCUGACCCGCUCCGUCCUGAAGGCAGACCCCAAGAGUCCGACAAGACCCGACACGUCAGGACUCCCGGAGGACGACAUCUCGGACGACGGUGGGCGUGGCGAUGACCUGGGCGUGGGCGUGGGCGUGGGCGGGACCCCUCUCGACCUGUCCAUGAAGGUGGCGACGUCGAUGGGCGUGAUGUCGUCUCCCUCCUCGACGUCCCACGCCAGGAAAUUGGCGGCGAGGGAGGGCGGCGAGCGGGAGAAGGAGGCGUGGGCGAGUUCCAUGCGCGACCUGGCCACACCGUCGAGAAGAUCCUGUCGUCCGGAGGGCCUGGCCAAAGGAGCGCCGCCCGUCCGACCUCUCGUACAUGGGCGUCUCCUCCGCCCUCGGGGAGAUGCUGCUGCAGCACGGGGAGUUCCCUGCCACGCCCCUCUCACGCCCACGCCGAGGUACCGAGCAACCGCCCCUGGACAGCAGGAGCAUGCCCCUUCCCUUCAAGGGCAUCGGACUCCAAGACGGGGGCACAAUGUUGCCUUCGCAGCUCCUCCAUGCGGCCCUCGUUCGUUGGGCAGAGUAAGGUAA